UUAUUCAAACAGAAACACUGAUACCGCUUCUUUGGAUUGUCCGAAUCUUUCAGCCUAAAUAAAGGCAGAGGCGUAUGAGAGACCUUGAAUUUCGAAACCUGAAGGCCUGUUCAGGAUUUACUUGUAGAGCCGGUGCUUUGGGCACAACGGUAGCGAAUCCAACUGAUCUUGUAAAAGUUAGGCUCCAAGCUGAGGGAAAGCUACCUCCAGGUGUGCCAAGGCGUUACACCGGAUCCCUGAACGCCUACUCAACGAUUGUGAAACAGGAAGGAGUGAGAGCUCUAUGGACAGGUCUUGGACCUAACGUGGCGAGAAAUGCCAUCAUCAACGCUGCUGAACUAGCAAGCUAUGGUCAAGUGAAAGAGACAAUCCUGAAAAAUACGGGAGAGCGCGUCAGGUGAGUUCCUGCUUCCGACACACUUCCUCGAAGAAUCAGAAAUUUGCCAAAAUGCUUCAAAAGGCAAUUCACAAACUCAACAUUACGAUGUGUUUUUGUCCAUUUCCAUCUCUUCUCUCAAUAUAAGAUUUUGUGUAAAAUAAACCCAUCAAAAACAA